AUGACCACCCAACUCAGCGUCCAAACCCCCCCUCUCCCCGCCGUCGUCGAUAGCGUCAGCCUCCGCUCCAUCCACCUCCCCCUCCCCGCAGCCCCAGACCCAUGGCAUCGCCCGGGCAAACCCCAACCCUGCACCGCAUCCCUAAAACUCUCCUACUCCUCCGCCAUCGCAGCAGCCGCCGCAGACGACGUCUCCCUCUCCCUGGACUACGGCAAACUCUACCGCCGCUUGGACGAGGAUAUCCGCACCGGCGAUGGAAAGGAAGAUGUACGUCUGAUCGCGGCUAUCGUCGCGAACUGCGGAUUGAAAUUACUCGACGAGACUUCCGCGGGGAUUCGCCGCAUGGCGCAUACACAGACGGGCCACGGUGGACGACGGGGCAGCGCAUCGUCAUCGGCUGGAUCGCAGGCGCAGGCGAGGGCUGCUUUAGUUACCGAUGGCCCCGCCUCGGAGCCUAUUGAUGGGCAGUUCGGGCAGUGUGAGGUGUGGUUGCACCUCCCCAAGGCGCAUUUACGGGCUGAGGAAGGGGUUAGGUAUCGCAGUGUGACGGCUUGGGGGUAUAAGCCGGAUAGUGCGCCUGGGGCUGGUGGUAAGGCUGUGGCGGCUGAUGCGGGACGAUAUGCCGUUGUGGUGGAGGAGGAGUUUCAGAUUGAGGGGAUUAAGUGUUAUUGUAUUCUGGGGGUCAAUUCGCAUGAGAGGGUUGAGAAGCAGGCGGUUAUUGUCUCGUUGGGGUUUAGGGGGCCGGGGCAGUUGGCUUGGGGGGAGAAGGUGGUUGGGACUUGGGAGGGGGUGACGAGGGGGGUUGCUGAGCAAGUUGAAAGCACCGCGUUCCAGACGGUCGAAGCACUGGCGACUUUCAUCGCGCGCAUUGUGACGGUGGACUUUGGGAAUGAAAGAGUCACGGUCAAGGUGGAAAAGCCUAGUGCUCUGGCGUUUGUGGAGAGAUCUGGGGUGGAAAUUACACGCUCGCAGGCGUUUUUCAGAAGUUAA